UCAGCGUGCGGGCUGCCUCAGCGGGUGGCUCGGCGCGGUCGACCAUGGAGGUGGCGGGCCCCGCUGGGUUCAGCGGCCUCGAGAAGGAGCAGCUGAAGAAGAAGUUAGCCUUGCUGAAACGAGAGUACAGCAAAACGCUGACCAGGCUGCAGCGCGCGCAGAGAGCUGAGACGGUUCAAACGCAUGUGCAGGAGACGGUCGCGGAACAAAACAGGCUGCUCAGACAAGAGGAGACAGAGAAGGACUUCACAGGAUCUCUGAAUAAGAUGCCUCCCAAUAAAUAUGAAACAUGCUGGCUACAGACUAAUAGUUGUUCUGACCUGUGCACCAAGAAGAAACUGUCUGUGUCAUUUAAACUGGAACCUGAAUGCUUCAAUAAUGAAAUUAGCUUGCAGGAAAGUCCAUGGGAAGAAGAUACAAAUGGUAGCCAGCAAGAUGUCCUUUCUUGCCCUGGUAGACCUAGUUCUGAGAGAGACCAAAACCAACUGCAUAGAACUGAAAUGAAACAGGAGACAACUUUCGUGUCAGAAGAGAAGAAAUCAGUUUGUGAUGGGCUAGAAAUUGUGGCUAGUGAGUUAUUGGAAAAUCGAACCGCUAGGACAGUGUCACCAGUAUUUAAGAGAAGAAAUAUCUCAGACACAGAGAAGAGCCCUCUAAAUUCCCCCAAGUCAACUGCUGUGAGGCACAAAGGAAACAGUUUAACUCCUCAAGAUCCACUGUUAAAAGGAGACUUGCAGAAAAUGUCCCCCCAAAAUGGCUGUCUCGAAGCAUCGAGGCAACUUCUAUGUGCAUCGAUGGAUGAUGACAACACCCAGCAGAUGAUGUCUCUACAUGCAGAGGACCUCUGUAAACCAACAACCCAGUGUUCAGAGAAUGAAAUGCUUGUUUCAUGUGAAAACACUGACGAUGCAGGAAAAGAACCUGUAUAUAUAGAAAACCAAAUUGAAAAUGAUAGUGCAGAUGUGGAUCAGGGAGAAGUCUGUAGAAUUUUGCAUUUAACUUCAGAAAAUAAACCCUUGCUAGACAGCAGAAAGAGCCCUGUGAUUGAGAGCAGAAGCCGUAAAGAAAGCAGCCAGGUUGACACUAAGAGCUUUCUCACUAUGGACUCUCUUCAGAGUAAUGAUGUUCAAAAAUCCUUGGAGAAUCAAGAGGCUCAUCCUGAGGCAGAGUCUUCUCUCCUUGAAAAAGCAGUGAUUCCUGAAGCAGAAAGUGCACUGAGUUCCUGUACAGUGGUGGAAGGACUCCUCUUCCCUGUGGAGUACUAUGUUAGGACAACUCGGCGUAUGUCUAACUGCCAGAGGAAGGUAGACCUGGAAGCUGUAAUUCUCAGCCAGCUGGGCAGGGGCAGGGGCAGGAGCAGGAAAGGCGUGCGAAGCAAAUGUAAACAGAUCAAAACAAAUUCAGAUCAGCCGUUUCCCCCUCAAGAGACAGCUGGAAGUGAUGUGCAGUUGGGGGGUGCUCUGGUCCCAGCUGUAGGCAGAGAAGUUGGUACUGUAAGUUCAGAAAGUUCCUCCCAGAAAUCUCUCCUUCUCUCAGAUGAGAGUGGUACCUCCACUGGGCCUACUUCUCAGGACAGCGUCAUUGCCCCCAAACGAGGUAAGGGAAGGCUCCAAAGGAGAGGAAGGGGCAGAGAUGGCCCUGCCUGCAAACCUGCAGGGAACGUGUCACUAGAACUUCCCGAGAGCUUGCGCCCCAUGACAGGAAAGGAAGUCCAUUCUCGCUUGUCAAAAGAUUCUCAAAGUGAGAAGGAAAAUUGCGAGGGGGAUGCUGAGAAGCUGCAGACAGGCAAGGCAAGAGUGCCUGUCUCUGCAGUUGGCGGGACAGAAGAGACAGAAAUGGUUCACAUUAUGUGGCCAACUGCAGCUGAUCUUCCUCCUGGUGGAAGCAGAGCAUUUGACACAUGCCAUAAGGUUUGCACAGAACAUGUUCAGAGUCCCUGCCAAGGAAGUCAUUUCCUAAACCAUGGGGAUGAAACUUUCACCCACUUAAUAGGGGGCCUAGAAGCCAAAGUCAACAUGCAUCAGGCUGCUGGACAAGUUGCAGAACAGGCUAGGACUCGGCGUGUGCAGAAAGACUGCAGUGCCCAGAAGCUUCCAGCAGAUAAAGAAUCUCUACCUGUGCACCAGCCCCCAGGCUCAUCUCUGAAGCGGAAGGCGGGACGAGCAUCAAAAGGUAAGAGAAGGAACAGUCAGCAGCGGGAUUUAGAGGGUCCGGCUCCUCUUGGCCAUCUUGUGGAGCCUGGUGUCCUGGAGCCCCCCUUUCACUUUCAGAACAAGAUGCUCAGUCCCAAGUGGCUGCCCUCAGUGCUGGAAAUCAGAGACUUCCACUUACCAGAUGAGGAGUUUGGACUCCUCAAAGAUGCAAAACUACAGUCCUCUGCAAGAGACUUGGAGCCCUUUGUUCCUGUACCAUCUGGAGGCGAUGAGGCUUCAGGGGGGACACAGCUUCAGCGAAUGAAUGCAGAAGGCCAAAGUCUCGAACACACUUUGAUUUCUCCUCCAAAAACUGUGCCACCCAAGCUGCCUCACUUUGAAGGCCAGCUGCCCCAGCAGGGGCUUUCUUUAAGUGAGGUGCUGCUUAUCCCCCUAAGUGCUGUUUCAGCUGGUGCACCUAGUCAGCUUGAGUCACAGGUUCCCAUGCCUGCAUUGCCUUCCCUGGGUGCAACCCCUGCUCUCCUCUCGCUGGGACACAGUGGGGCUUUACCUGACUCAUUUUCUGCACCAUCUGUGCAAAUGAAAACUGACGCUGCCGAAGAGCCAGGGGGUCAUGCUGUGGAGGGCACCGAGUGCAGUGACUCCAGAAUUCUGCGUUCUGGUGGUUGUGGAACAGGAUCUGCUGGAAGAGAUGAAGCACAGAGUGGCAAGGCAGAGAGCUUUUUGGAAAACAAAGGAGACCCUGAGUGCGGGCCUGACGAAGAUGUCCUUCUUGAGGAGCAUCAGCAGUCAGGGAGCGUGCACAAGGAAUGCUGCAGCUCUGCUGCUGAACAGAACAAAAUGAUGCUGGAUCACAUGGCUAUGGCAUGGAGCGGCAGCCUGAGAGAAGGAAGCUUGCGGCUGGUCUCAAAGUUAAAGGAUCCCUCUGGCUCUUGUGCCGUGGAUGUGAGCACAGUAUGGUGGGAAGAGACUGGCUGCCUAGAACUGUGCAUUGUGACUGCUUGCGAGACCUCCGUUUCAUUGUGGAAACCUCUGUCUUCUGACCAGUGGAGAAAUACGUGCACCUGGCACCUCACAGAGAUUCCAGUCAUACAAAUUGUUCCUUUGCCAGAUGUCCAUAAUCUGGUAUGUGCAGCCUUGGGGGACUUGGAGAUUGGAGAACUAAGGGUCUUGCUUUGUUCUUCUGAAGACGGCUCCCUAAAGCAAUCAGUAGUAAAAACUGGAAACAUAAAAGCUGUUCUUGGGCUAAAAGACAGGAGGCUGGUCAGCAGCAGCAGGACCUUUCAAGAGCAGCAAGUGGAGAUAAUCUCCUUCUUGGAGACAGGAAGAAAUAACAACAGGAAGACUUUGAUGGCCCCAAAAGAGACGGUUCUGGCUUUUGCUGAGGUAGAAGGUAUUAGAGAUGCCUUGAUUGGCACUACAACAGUGAACAGUGUUGUUGUUUGGAACUUGAAAACUGGUCAGCUGCUGAAAAAGAUGCACGUUGGUUAUUCCUAUCCAGCUUCAGUCUGCCAUCGGGCCUAUUCUGACUCUGGCCUCCUGUUUGUUGUUUUAAGUCACCCUCAUGCCAAAGAGAGCGAGUCGUGCGGAAACCCUGCAUUCCGGGUGAUCGCAUUCAAUCCCAAGACGGCCAGGAGCGCUGGUGUCAUGUUUCUCUCUCUCCCCCCUGGACACACUGGCAGGUACCUGGAGGGUGAAGUGAAGGACACCUCUGCAGCAGCUGUCCUGACAUCUGGAACCAUUGCAGUGUGGGACUUGCUUCUAGGGGACUGCGCUACCUUGCUUCCACCGGAGUCUGGCAGGCCUUGGACGUUGGUGAGGUGGUCAGCCAAGGACUCCUACCUACUGGCUGGACAGAAAGAUGGCAGCGUGUGUGUCUACAGCUAUUCACCAGCCACAGCAGGGAGGCGGAAAGAGGGCAGGACAGGGGCUUCUUAAAGCUAAGAGGAGGAUUUGCACUGAGCAAAUAUGCACUGAGUGAGCUGAGCGGGUAGGGUUUCCUUGUUGUAUCCUCAGCAUGGUCUGUUUGCUUCUCCCCAAAGGAUUUGUUUCAAUUUGAGUCAUUUGGGG